AUUGCACUGGAGUCUUUCACUUUCACAAAAUGUCGGAGUCAUUGUGUUGACGUCGGUAAGUAAGUUACACAAAUUUGGAGCAUAUGCAAUUCUAAAAUGGAAUGUUUUACCGUACUCUACUGGCCAUCUGUUUAUUCUCUACAUGUCCAAUCUGGCAAUAUUUUAAUCUCUGUCCAUUAGAGUGGCUUCCCAUUUCUGUCUAAGUUCACCCGCUGAUCUCAUCUCAACAACUUUGUAAGUCAACCUUGGAAGAUGAAAGUCGUUCUUCUAACCCUCUUGUCUCUUGCUGUUGGUGAGUCAUCACAUUAUUUCUUUUUAAUUUUUUACUAUAGCAUAGUGCUAAUGCCAGGUCAAGCCUCUGAUUACUCUACUACUCCAAAUGUUUCUCACACUGUUCUCCUUCUUUAGCCUCCGCCGCCGUCCUUGACCUCAACAAACAACGUCAAAUUGGUGACUGUGUUGAUCUGUGCACACCAGGGGUCGCUGACAGCGGCUGUUCACAUGGCCAUAUUUGUAUCUCUAAUGGAUGCGGUCAUACAUGUCACAUUAUAUUACGUAAGUUCUUUAAAAUCAAGCUUUUUGUAAGCCAGGCUCAACAAAAGAGAUGGGUUUGUUAGGUCUCAUUUACAUUACAGAUAUUAGAUUCAGGUACUUUCAACGUUAAUAUUUUGCCAACAUCGGUUUGUAUCUAAAAAGUACUGUCAAUUAAUCUACAAAUUCAGUAGGAGAUAAUUCUGCUGAAUACAAUGAAGUAUUUUUGCACCAACUUAAUUACAAAUGGUCCCAAAUGGCGUAAUGCAAAACUGAGAAUCUUAAUUUAAAAUGCAACACAUCUAAGCCUCUAGUUCACCAGGCUGGCUUGACAGGCCGGUGUCUAUGAAUAACAUUUUUACAAAAAAAAAUUAUCAUAAAAUUUGUUAGCAACCAUUUCAACAAAUAUUUCAUCAAAUAAGUAUCUUCUAUAGCGUAGUAACUGUCUGGUAAAAUAGUCCUAAGUUAAGGGAUCUGUGUGUCGCCUUUUGCCCAUUUGGAUGGAGGGAGAAUCAUUAUGAACAAUCCCUCUGAAACCAUCUUGAAAUUUGAAAUCAGCCGAAUAAUUAACGUAUUUAUCCUCUCUCCCGCUUUUAAUAAGAUUGUAUGUCAUAUGCGACCAUUGAUGCCCAAAAUGUUUUUAAAAGGCUAUUUGAGCUAGAAAUGUCUUUAAAAGUCAUUUUUGGUGCUUAAAAUACCAGGAAAAUCACACUCAAGGCUUCACAAUAAUAAAUAGCUUUGUAUCGCAGCAUGUCUUCCAUUGUUAUCUAGGUAACGCCGGGUAAUUUCUUCUAGUACUUUAUUAAAAGCACCAGUUAAGGAAAUGCCAUUCCUGCAUUCUUAGAUUUUAAGGUUUAAUACUUUACAAGUUGAAAGAACUUGCAUUUUGGUUAGAAGGCAUCAUACCAACAUGUCCUUGGCGCUAGCAAACCACUGUUCCCCUCCCCUAUUGGUAAUUAUUUCAUGAAUGUGAACACUCAUAUUCCUAUGAUCUCACAAAUGUGUUAGUAUCACUGAUAUCAAUAUAAUUUCUCCAGCUGGCAAAAGAGCCCUGUGUUUAGGGGCCAUGUGUAACGUCUGGUGUCCAUUUGGAAACAAGGUCAAUGCUGACGGCUGUCCAGUGUGUGGCUGUAACGAGGCUCCUGUUGACAUUCUUGUGUAAACAGGUCAUGUGUUGACUUUGUCAAACGAAAGUUAACAUGUGUUACACGUCUCAACUCCAAAAUAUCCGAUGUCUUUUACAAUGUCAUAUUAAAAUAUCCGAUGUCUUUUACAAUGUCAUAUUAAAAUAUCCGAUGUCUUUUACAAUGUCAUAUUAAAAUAUCCGAUGUCUUUUACAAUGUCAUAUUAAAAUAUCCGAUGUCUUUUACAAUGUCAUAUUAAAAUAUCCGAUGUCUUUUACAAUGUCAUAUUAAAAUAUCCGAUGUCUUUUACAAUGUCAUAUUGAAAUAUCCGAUGUCUUUUACAAUGUCAUAUUAAACUAUUGGAGAUGUAAAUAAACUACCCCCGAAAAAAACAA